CUGCAAAACGGAUCGGGAUUCCCGCAAAUCCUAAAAAAUCUUUUUGCCAAGCUGUCGUCUUUUGCCAAACCCAUUUUGCGUAAAGCAGCCCCACACGCCAAGGCCGCACUAGAGGCGGCUACCCCCCACUUGCAAGAAGCAGCGACCGGGGCUAUUAAAGACGUAGCGUCGCGGGCGGGAACAGCAAUAAGCAAGCGCUUUGCCUCUCAAGAAGGAGAAGGAAUCCGUAAGAAACGAAGACGAGUUAAACGCAAAGUGCAACGGCUACGACGCAUUCCACCAACCAAUAUCCCGGAUUUCUUAUAAUCAAAAUGGCGAUGUUAAUGAUGGAACAUUCCGAACCGGCAAUGCAGCUGGAAAACCAACUUUUUGCUCUGCCGGCUACCCUAACUGAUCGCUGGCGAACCGAGCACGAGAAACUGAACCCUACCACCAUUUUGACGGACAACGGAUCGGCGGGAGAUAUCAACUUCUUCAUUCCACCCAGUACAUCAGGACUGCUUAGUCUGGCCGACAUGAUCUUGGAAUUGGAAGUGGGUAUUAAAGUACGAAAAACCACUGGUGAAUGGGAACUGGUCAAGUCAACUGACGGUGUUGCACCGGUCAACAACUUUCUGCACUCGCUGUUCUCAUCAUGCCAUGUAACAGUGGCCAAUCGCUUGAUUUCCGAUGCUGCAACAUUCUAUCCGUACAGAGCGUACCUGGAGUCGUUAUUGUCACACUCGGUUGAGGCACAAAAGAGCCAGUUAACCUCCGCCGGUUUUUAUCUGGAUACAGCAGGCUAUUUUAACGACGAAAGUUCCAACAAAGGAGAAAAAGACCGAGCAGCUUUGUUUAGAGCAGGACAGUACGUGCAGCUUUCGGGUAAACUGUUUUCGGACUUGUUUGACCAAAGCAAACCCCUUUGUACUGGAGUGCCAGUAAACAUUCGACUGGUUGUCAGCCGUCCGGAAUUUGCUCUACGAGUGUGGGAUACAGAUGCUACUAAAACUUUCAAGCCUUUUAUCCGCAACGCCAGGUUGUCGGUGCGUCGUUAUAUUCCAUCACCAGACUUUCUGACAGCGGUGGCCGAACUUUGGUAUAACGCAGAUUAGCGUUGAAGUGGACGGGCAGAGCUAUCCCACCAAGCCGUAUGUCGCCGACUUUGAACGAAGUCUGUCUCUGGAAUGCUACGACGGCUUGCUGGACACGCUGGGUCAUCGACCAAGCUUGCAUGGAGGGCUGCCAUUUACUCGCACCCAGUACAACCAAGGAUACACACUAUUCGGGUUCGACUUAACACCCGGACACACUGGACGUGGCCCAUUGACUUUAAUCAAGCAAGGCAACUUGAGUGUAUCGGUGUCAUUUGGGAAACCACUUGGAUCAACCAUUAUGAUGGUCUGCAUGCUCAUCUAUGACAGCAUUAUCGAAAUCAAUCAACACCGACAGCUGAUUGCGGACUUCUCAACAUGAACACCGAACAAAUAACGACAGCACUACGUGGUAACGCGAUUACGGCUAGCAGCUUCCGGGGAGUUUAUGCUAGUGACCAAGUACCUUGUUCAUUAGAACCGUACCCGGGUGCGUGUGUCGUCAAUACGGAACCGGCUAGCCAGGAUGGCGAGCACUGGAUUGCUUUCUACCAGGAGGAAGACGGAAAACUAGAAGUCUUCGAUUCGUAUGGAAAAAAACUUGAAAGCUACUCGAACGAUUUUCUAUCUUUAGUCCAAUCUAACGCUAUCGUUUCACAGUGUGAGCAGUUCCAGGCUGAAUUUAGUACAGUAUGUGGUCAGUAUUGUUUGUUCUUUAUUUUACGACGUUGUAGUGGGGAAUCCUUCACUAAUAUUGUUCAUUUGUUUACCGAUAAU